AUGCGGACAGAGGGACAGACGGAGAACAAUGCUGCAUUGCCCCCAGAGCUGCUACUUUCUCUCCGAACGUGUCGUCGGCGAAGCUGCACAGCAGUAUUCAGACCCUACGCCCCAGAGCCCCAGAGCAGUAUUCAGGCCCUACGCCCCAGAGCCCCAGAGCAGUAUUCAGGCCCUACGCCCCAGAGCCCCAGAGCAGUAUUCAGACCCUACGCCCCAGAGCCCCAGAGCAGUAUUCAGGCCCUACGCCCCAGAGCCCCAGAGCAGUAUUCAGGCCCUACGCCCCAGAGCCCCAGAGCAGUAUUCAGGCCCUACGCCCCAGAGCCCCAGAGCAGUAUUCAGGCCCCUACGCCCCAGAGCCCCAGAGCAGUAUUCAGGCCCUACGCCCCAGAGCCCCAGAGCAGUAUUCAGGCCCUACGCCCCAGAGCCCCAGAGCAGUAUUCAGGCCCUACGCCCCAGAGCCCCAGAGCAGUAUUCAGGCCCUACGCCCCAGAGCCCCAGAGCAGUAUUCAGGCCCUACGCCCCAGAGCCCCAGAGCAGUAUUCAGGCCCUACGCCCCAGAGCCCCAGAGCAGUAUUCAGGCCCUACGCCCCAGAGCCCCAGAGCAGUAUUCAGGCCCUACGCCCCAGAGCCCCAGAGCAGUAUUCAGGCCCUACGCCCCAGAGCCCCAGAGCAGUAUUCAGGCCCUACGCCCCAGAGCCCCAGAGCAGUAUUCAGGCCCUACGCCCCAGAGCCCCAGAGCAGUAUUCAGGCCCUACGCCCCAGAGCCCCAGAGCAAAUGGUCCAGCACUCAAAGGACACCCAGACAACUAG